CCCACCUCUACGCGUCGAUCCCUGCACAAUCCACGGUCUUUGUGAGGGAGAAAAGAAACCCAAAACACGCGCUCUCUCACAUUCAGAUCCCAUUCCCCCACUCCAAAACCCAUCACCCACCUCUCUCGAAACAUGGCCACCGCCACUGCAACGGAGCCAGCAUCCUCUCCGCCCAAAAGAGCCCUAAUCACGGGCAUCACCGGCCAAGAUGGCUCCUACCUCACCGAAUUUCUCUUAGAGAAGGGCUAUGAGGUCCACGGCCUCAUCCGCCGCUCCUCCAACUUCAACACGCAGCGCCUCAACCACCUCUACAUCGACCCCCACAACGCCCAGCACGCUCGCAUGCGCCUCCACUAUGCCGACCUCACCGAUGCUUCCUCCCUGCGGCGCUGGGUAGACACCAUUGCCCCUGACGAGGUCUACAACCUGGCAGCCCAGUCCCAUGUUGCUGUCUCCUUUGAGACCCCUGACUACACCGCUGAUGUUGUUGCCACCGGUGCCCUCCGCCUCCUGGAGGCGGUCCGUGCCCACAUCCAUACCACUGGCCGCCAUGUCCGAUACUACCAGGCCGGCUCCUCCGAAAUGUACGGAUCCACCCCUCCGCCGCAAUCUGAAUCCACGCCAUUUCACCCCCGAUCCCCUUAUGCGGCCUCAAAAGUGGCGGCCCACUGGUACACGGUGAACUAUCGUGAGGCCUAUGGCCUCUUCGCCUGCAAUGGGAUCCUGUUCAACCAUGAGAGCCCGAGAAGGGGAGAGAAUUUUGUUACUAGAAAGAUCACAAGAGCGGUGGGUCGCAUAGUGGUCGGAUUGCAGAAGAAAUUGUUCCUGGGGAAUUUGAAGGCGCAGAGGGAUUGGGGAUUUGCGGGUGACUAUCUCAUUCCAUUAUUUUACCAUCUUUGUAGAGCUAUAGUCACAGGUGGAAGACGCGGCGUAGUGGAAGCUGUUGAUGGUUGGGAUUCGGAGCCGACGAAAACACGCUCCCCCAUUGUAUGUUUUAGUGGGCAGUUUGGCCCUAGUUAUAGUCUUUUGUGGAACCCUUGUACUGUUGGGCCCUGA